AGAACACGUGUAUUUAGAAAUCGGGCCAAAAUAACCCGAUUGCUGAGUGUAUAUAUACUCCUCCAAUAUCGCAGUAACAGCUCGCAAUCCUGACUACACAACUCCAGAAUGUUCCUGAAAAAAAACUUUGAACACCGAAAAUGAAAAACCCCCAAACGCUCAACACCGAAGCUUUAACUCCGGGAUCGAUGGACAAAACGCCGUCGUCUCCGAGCUCGUCCGGCGGCCGUGAGCUGCAGUGCGUCGGCCGGUUGGAGAUCGUCCGGCCUAAACCGGUCGGUUUCCUGUGUGGUUCGAUUCCGGUGCCUACUGAUACGCCUUUUCUCUCCUUCGAUUCUGCUCUCGUUCCUUCUACUCAAGAGGUGAGAGCUCCAAGGUAUCAGAUUAUCCCACCAGAGACAGACCUUAAUUUGCCACCUCUUCUUCAUAAUGUACGUGAAAAGGUUUUACCAAUUGCAGCAGUAAGGACAGGAAAAGAUUUACCUUACACAAGUGGUGCUAUUACAUCUAAUCUUGCCACUAAGGGACAGGCACUUGCUGUAUCUGGUGUAGCUGAGUAUGGUGACGAGUUGGAUGUUAUUGCACCAGCUGAUAUUUUGAAGCAGAUCUUUAAGAUACCAUAUUCAAAGGCUCGAUUGUCAGUGGCUGUACAUCGUAUUGGUCAGACUCUGGUCUUAAAUGCUGGGCCUGACGACGAAGAGGGAGAGAAAUUGGUUAGAAGACAUAAAAGCCACUCACAGUGCCCCGAUAAAUCUUUAUUUCUGAAUUUUGCUAUGCACUCUGUAAGGAUGGAAGCUUGUGAUUGUCCACCAGGUUAUAAUGUGCAGUCGGAAGGAAGAAACUCAUCUGUUCUUCCUGGUGGAUAUGAGACCAGGGAGAGGUCUGCCGAUUCCUCAGAACAUUCAAUGCAAGAAAACACAUCGCACUUUGUUGGAAGCAGUGAGAUUUCUCGAGGGGAGGGAUCCAAAGACAGUUUGAAAGACCAGCAUGUCAAAAAGGAUAAGUACAUCUUGGGGGGAAAGAAAAGUAGAAGCAAAAGUCAUGAAGCUGUAAAAAAGGUCACAAAAGUCAAAGAAACACCCAGAUCCCUAAGGCAAGAGAAUGACAAAUAUCGGAGAGCCAGUAAUGAUGGAUUCUUAAAAGUUCUGUUUUGGCAAUUCCAUAACUUCCGGAUGCUUCUAGGCAGUGACUUGCUUAUUUUCAGCAAUGAGAAAUACGUUGCUGUGAGCUUACAUCUGUGGGAUGUUUCUAGACAGGUCACUCCUAUAACUUGGCUUGAAGCUUGGCUUGACAAUGUUAUGGCUAGUGUACCUGAAUUAGCCAUCUGUUAUCAUCAAGAUGGUGUUGUUCAGGGUUAUGAACUUCUCAAGACAGAUGAUAUUUUCCUGUCAAAAGGAAUAUCUGAGGACGGGUCCCCUGCUUUUCAUCCACAUGUUGUCCAGCAAAAUGGUAUCUCUGUUUUGAGGUUUUUGCAGGAGAACUGCAAGCAAGAUCCUGGUGCUUACUGGUUAUACAAGAGUGCUGGAGAAGAUGCUAUUCAACUUUUUGAUCUUUCAAUCAUAUCUCAAAAUGGCCCCUCUGAAGAUUCUGAUGGUAGCUUAAAUUCCCCACCUCUAAUUGAUAGGGGAAGAAACGAUUCAUUACUGUCUCUAGGGACUCUCUUGUAUCGAAUUGCUCAUAGGCUCUCACUUUCUAUGGCCCCUGCUGAUAGAGCGCGGUGUGCUAGUUUUUUUAGAAAGUGUCUUGACUUUCUGGAUGAACCAGACCAUUUGGUUGUACGUGCACUUGCUCAUGAACAAUUCGCAAGGCUUCUGCUAAACUAUCAUGAAGAACCAGAUGUGGCAUCUGAAGCACUAAUUGUGGAGUCAAAAGCUACAAUUGUAGAUGCAGGAGAUCAAUCAUUUGACUUUUUCAGUAAUCGUUCUGAAUCAAUCGUUCGUGAAUUAAUUUACUCGCCUCUUCUGGAGGAUGAACCUACAAAUACCGAAGCUCCAGAAGAUGUGAAUUUAAAAGCUUGUAGCAGUUUUUCUCUGGAUGUUAACAUGCCAUCUUCUCAAACAAUUGCACCGCCAGAUAAUAUGAACUUUAGAGAAUCCGAGACUUCGAAUGAUCAGAACUUCAUAUCUGCCGAUGUGCCAGCUAGCUCUCCCAUUGUUCAGACAGUUGAUCCAUUAUCCUCUAGAUUGGCUGCCAUACAUCAUGUUUCACAAGCUAUCAAGUCACUAAGAUGGACGUGGCAAAUGCAGAACAGCACACAAAAUGACAUGGGUUGUAAUGCCAAUUCCCAGGACUGCCCAUCUUCUGUGGAUGUAUCUGUUUGUGCAUGUGGAGAUACUGAUUGCAUUGAAGUUUGUGACAUUAGGGAGUGGCUUCCAACAUCAAAAUUGGAUGACAAGCUGUGGAAACUUGUUCUUUUGCUUGGAGAGUCUUAUUUAGCACUUGGGCAAGCAUACAAGGAUGACGGUCAGUUGCAGCCAGCUUUGAGGGUUGUCAAAUUGGCGUGUCUAGUUUAUGGGUCAAUGCCACAGCAUCUUAAAGAUGCAAGGUUUAUUUCGUCAAUGGUUUGUGGCUCAAUAUCUGAUAGUAAAGUUAAUGGACAAAAAGCUAUAGGUGGUGCAAUAGAGGGAAAAUGUAGGGUGGAAAAUGAUUUUUAUACUUCUGAGCAAUUGUCAUCCACCUACCUCUUCUGGGCCAAGGCAUGGACUCUAGUUGGCGAUGUGUAUGUUGAGUUUCACAUGGUUAAAGGUAAAGAUGACUCCUUACAGCCAGAGAGAAAUCCUUUCAGGAGAGAGUUGAAAAUGUCAUCUGAGGUUUUGAAGGAGGUCAAAAGGUUAAAUAAGAAGUUAGGUCCGCUUGAGAAUUGUAGCUCGUGUUCCUUGGUUAACUGCAGUUGCAAGAGUGAUAGGGCCAGCAGCGGUAACAGUGCAAGCAGUAGCAGAAGAGAUUCCGGAAAGCAGAGUAAAAAAGCAACUGCUAAAAAUGUCUCCUAUCGAUCUGAAAAAACUGUAGCUGAUCCUGAUAAUAGAAAAGAGAGGUCUGAGGUGACUCUAGAUGGUGGAUGCUUGAGGCAGAACAAAAUUGAUAUCCCAGAAUGCACUUAUGAUACGUCACCAGGAGAUUCUGCCAAAUCUACUCCUGAGUUGCUUAAUGCAGUGCCUGCAAUCUCUGAAACUUCACAGCAGGAACCAAAGCUGAAAAAUGGUGGCAUAUUUAAAUAUCUUCAAGGUCCCUUAACUGCUGAUGACGAGUAUAAUCUUUCUGCUUCUCUGAGUUGUUAUGAAGCAGCUAGUAAAGCUUUAGGUGGUGCUCCUUCUCAUUCAGCAGACCUCCAAGCAGUUGUUAAAAAGAAAGGAUGGGUUUGCAAUGAAUUGGGUCGAAGGUUGCUUGAAAGAAAAGAAUUGUGUGGAGCCGAACUUGCAUUCAUUGAAGCAGUCAAGUCAUUUGAGGAAGUAUCAGACCAUACAAAUAUUAUACUGAUCAACUGUAAUUUGGGUCAUGGAAGGCGAACAUUGGCUGAAAAGAUGGCGUCCAAGCGUGAUGAUCUCAUGAAUCAUGCAAGUUACAAUAAUGCUUACAAUCAAUUAGUUGAGGCUGCAAAACAAGAAUAUGCGGAGUCACUGAGGUAUUAUGAAGCAGCCAAGGUAGAGUUAAAUGCUCUUGAUGAAAAUGAUGAUUCUGUCUCGAGCAGCUUGAAGAAUGAAGUGCAUACUCAGCUUGCUAAUACUUAUCUCAGACUUGGCAUGCUAUUGGCAACAGAAGAUACAGUAGCCAAGGUUUAUGGAAAUGCAUUCUUCGAGGACAGUGUCGUUACUGGUGUAGAAAGAGCAAAAAAGGAGCUAAGAAAGCAUGAGAUAUCUGCUAGUGAUGCCAUGAGGGAGGCAAUCAAACUUUAUGAAUCACUAGGUGAGCUGCGCAAACAAGAGGUUGCCUUCGCUUUUUUUCAACUGGGUUUUGUCCAAAGAGAUCGUUGCUUAAAACUAUUGGAGUCAGAUCAGAAGAAGACCAAUCUUUCUAAAGGGAAGACGAGUGGCAUGCAAAGAGUGAAACAAUAUGCUUCCUUGGCUGAGAGGAACUGGCGGAAGGCCAUAGAUUUUUAUGGACCAACAACACACGCAAUGAUGUACCUGACUAUUCUAAUAGAGAUAUCAGACCUGUCAUUACGUAUGUCAAGCACACUUCACUCGAAUUCGAUGCUAGACUCGGCUUUCACUACACUGCUUGAAGGACGGCAUGUUUCCAAAGAUGAAAUUCCGGAUUCCUUGCAAAAUGAAAGUAAAUUUGUCUAUACGCAUUUCUGGCGCCAGAUGCAAAGUGUGUUGAAAAAGUUGCUAUCAGCCUCGCUUUCAUCAAACACAAACAAAUCUUCUGUCAAGUCUGAGCACAGUAAUACUAAUAGGCCUGGUGAAGAAAAGCUCAGGCAGCUUUACAAGCUCUCAUUAACUCCUACAGAUUUUACUCAGUUGCACGAGAUCUACAACACUUGGAUAUCAUGAUGGAAACAGGAUGUAGAAGCUUUAUUUAUGGAAACCAAGAAACAGGAAUGUAGCUUUUCUGUUUUUGGAAAUCUGGGACGUUGAAGCUCUGACUAUUUUCGAAAUUUAGAUCUUCCCGGUAUAUUCCAGUUAGGGAUGUAUUUUUUUGAUUUUUAGACUUCAGCUAAAUGUUCUUGCAAGUUUCUAAUGCAUUUUGCAUAUGAUCAACUUGUUAGUGUAGCCAUGAACCUAUUUGGAGUAGGAAGAAAAGAUACACAGAUGACUGUCAGUAAUAUAUUUAUAGUAAUAUAUUUGUAGAAUUAAGUAAAUA